UACGUCUAUAUUAAUAUAUCCAUUGGAUUUGGCCAACACGCAUAGCAAAUUUGCGUGCAAUUGACCAAUGUUGAUCGCUUGCUACACAAGUUGAAGCAUAACUGUAUUUAACCAAAACCACUUCCACAACAAUUCAUUGCCAUCCAUCAACACAGUAAGCAAAAUGAAGAGAGAAGGUCGCCAGCAUGGGAUGGUCCGAACCUAUCCGAUCUCAUCUGAUCGCAAGCAGAGAGUCCGAGAGGAGCUUUCCUCGCCCCUGACGGCCUGCCUCUUUGCCAAGAUCUCCUCCAAGCCCACCAACCACUCUAAGUUCACCGGGAAGUGCGGCCGCUCCAAGUGCAACGAUUGCCAUGUGCAUCCGGCAUCCAAGUCCAAGGACAAGGUCAAGGGAGCUCAUAAAAUGCGUUCUUCAUCGGAUGUCGUGUCCAACUACAGACUGAUCACAUGGCGCGUUGUGGAUUCUGCAUCCGGUUUCAAGGUGUCGGGGUUUUCUGCCACGGGCGUUUUGGACUAUUUGGAUCACGUGGAUGAUUAUGAUUAUGAGUAUGAAGGUGAGGAUGUUGGUCAUGGGCAUGCUCAUUAUGAUGUUGGUUUUGAUGGAAGUUAUGAUCAUGAUGAUAUGGGAACUCAUGAUUAUGGGUUGGGAUCUCAUGGUAUGGAGAUUGAAGAAAUUGAUGGCUGUGAUAAUAGCAGCCAUGGUGAUAAUAUUAUUGUUGGCGAUGAUGAUGAUGAUAGAAUGAGUUUCUGUGAGGUGGGAUUUAUUUGGCAAGCUGUUGAUGGAGAUGAAAGCUGGUGUUUGGUGGAAGAAAUUUGAUUUAUUAGUAGAUGAAAUUUGUAAAUCAUAAUUUAAUCCAACCUGCAUCUGUUUAUAUAUUUCCUUUAUUUAAUUGAUUGUCAGAAAUAAUUGAAAAACGGCUAAUAAAUUAUGAUUUGUAUAUUA